UGGCGGCGGCGUGUCCGUGAGAGUAGCGUGGGGGCGGGGAGGAGAGGCGGCGGCGGCGGCGGCGGCGGCGUCCGAGCUACGCCACACAGGGCCGGGGUGUUGGGUGCUGGAGAUCAGAGCGGGGUCGUGGCGGCGGCGGUGAGGACAGAGCGGCGGAGGGGGGGGGUGCCAUGGCGGGACAGCAGUUCCAGUACGAUGACAGCGGGAACACCUUCUUCUAUUUCCUCACCUCAUUCGUGGGGCUCAUCGUGAUCCCGGCCACAUAUUACCUCUGGCCCCGCGACCAGAACGCCGAGCAAAUUCGAUUAAAGAAUAUCAGAAAAGUGUAUGGAAGAUGUAUGUGGUAUCGUUUACGGUUAUUAAAACCCCAGCCAAAUAUUAUUCCUACUGUAAAGAAAAUAGUUCUGCUUGCAGGAUGGGCAUUGUUCUUAUUCCUUGUAUACAAAGUUUCCAAAACAGACCGAGAAUAUCAAGAAUACAAUCCUUAUGAAGUAUUAAAUUUGGAUCCUGGGGCAACGGUAGCAGAAAUUAAGAAACAGUAUCGUUUGCUGUCACUUAAAUAUCAUCCAGAUAAAGGAGGUGAUGAAGUUAUGUUCAUGAGGAUAGCAAAAGCUUAUGCAGCUUUAACUGAUGAAGAGUCCCGGAAAAACUGGGAAGAGUUUGGAAAUCCAGAUGGCCCUCAAGCCACAAGCUUUGGAAUUGCCCUGCCAGCUUGGAUAGUUGACCAGAAAAACUCAAUUUUGGUUUUACUUGUAUAUGGAUUGGCAUUCAUGGUUAUCCUUCCAGUUGUUGUGGGCUCUUGGUGGUAUCGCUCAAUACGCUAUAGUGGAGACCAGAUUCUAAUACGCACAACACAGAUUUAUACAUACUUUGUUUAUAAAACCCGAAAUAUGGAUAUGAAACGUCUUAUCAUGGUUUUGGCUGGAGCCUCUGAAUUUGAUCCUCAGUAUAACAAAGAUGCCACAAGCAGACCAACAGAUAAUAUUCUAAUACCUCAGCUAAUCAGAGAAAUUGGCAGCAUUAAUUUAAAGAAGAAUGAGCCUCCACUUACCUGCCCAUAUAGCCUGAAAGCCAGAGUUCUUUUACUGUCUCAUCUUGCUAGAAUGAAAAUUCCUGAGACCCUUGAAGAAGAUCAGCAGUUUAUGUUGAAAAAAUGCCCUGCCCUACUUCAAGAAAUGGUUAAUGUAAUCUGCCAACUAAUAAUAAUGGCCCGAAGUCGUGAAGAAAGGGAGUUUCGUGCUCCAACUUUGGCAUCCCUAGAAAACUGCAUGAAGCUUUCCCAGAUGGCUGUGCAAGGCCUUCAGCAGUUUAAGUCUCCCCUUCUGCAGCUGCCUCACAUUGAAGAGGACAAUCUUAGAAGGGUUUCUAAUCAUAAAAAGUACAAAAUUAAGACUAUCCAGGAUUUGGUGAGUUUAAAAGAAUCAGAUCGUCACAAUCUGCUGCACUUCCUUGAAGAUGAAAAAUAUGAGGAGGUUAUGGCUGUCCUUGGGAGUUUCCCAUAUGUGACUAUGGACAUAAAAUCACAGGUAUUGGAUGAUGAAGAUAGCAACAACAUCACAGUAGGAUCCCUAGUUACAGUGUUGGUUAAAUUGACAAGGCAAACAAUGGCAGAAGUAUUUGAAAAGGAACAGUCCAUCUGUGCUGCAGAGGAACAGCCGGCAGAAGAUGGGCAGGGUGAUACUAACAAGAAUAGGACAAAAGGAGGAUGGCAGCAGAAGAGUAAAGGACCUAAGAAAGCUGCUAAAUCGAAAAAAAAGAAACCUUUAAAAAAAAAACCUACACCUGUGCCCUUACCACAAUCAAAGCAACAGAAACAAAAGCAGGCAAAUGGAGUUGUUGGGAGUGAAGCUGCAGUAAAGGAAGAUGAAGAAGAAGUUUCUGACAAAGGCAGUGAUUCUGAAGAAGAAGAAACGAAUAGAGAAUCCCAGAGUGAAAAAGAUGAUGGUAGUGACAGAGACUCUGAUAGAGAGCAAGAUGAAAAACAAAACAAAGAUGACGAAGCAGAGUGGCAAGAAUUACAACAAAGUAUACAGCGAAAGGAGAGAGCUCUACUGGAAACCAAAUCAAAGAUAACACAUCCUGUUUAUAGUCUUUACUUUCCCGAGGAGAAACAAGAAUGGUGGUGGCUUUAUAUUGCAGAUAGGAAGGAACAGACGUUAAUAUCUAUGCCAUAUCACGUGUGUACACUAAAAGAUACAGAAGAGGUAGAACUGAAGUUUCCUGCACCAGGCAAGCCUGGAAAUUAUCAGUAUACAGUGUUUCUGAGAUCAGACUCCUAUAUGGGUUUGGAUCAGAUUAAACCCCUGAAGUUGGAAGUUCACGAGGCUAAGCCUGUACCGGAAAAUCACCCACAGUGGGAUACAGCAAUAGAGGGGGAUGAAGACCAGGAAGACAGCGAGGGCUUUGAAGAUAGCUUUGAGGAAGAGGAAGAAGAGGAGGAAGAUGAUGACUAAGCAGUACUAUGACUGGACCACAAUAUUUGCACAUACUUGCAAAUUUUUGCUGUUUCGGAAGUGUAUAAUAAACCAGAAACAGUGCAGAACUGCUGUUGAGGGAGGUAUUAGUUCUUUACUCGAAAUGGGUGCAUAAUACAACUGGGCAGUGGUGGUGCCUUGGUGCAGUCCGAAACGCUUAAGGCUUGUUAGAGCCUUUCACGUAUGAAUGGGAUGGUGCAUUUAUUUCAUCUGCGAACGAUAAUAAACCCUUUGUUAUAACUGUCCAGAAGUGUGGGCUAUGUAUUAUCCGAUCAUUUUAUGGUCCCAGUAAAAGUAAAGGUACAUGAAAACCAAUCUAUAAGUGAGCAACUUUUCUUUGUUUAGCUUUAGUUUGUAGCAAACAUUAGAGGAUGAUAAACACCACACAUACGUUUUAAGUAACGUCUGCUCAAGUUUUAAUCUUUUGAUAAGCUCUAUCAUUCAUUUUAUUGACAUUUUGCAGUGAUACAGGACUAUUUAUAACAGCUCUAUUCAUAGCUUUAAACUUUUUAUUUUUAUCUAUCUUGGUCAUAAGUUGGCAUUCCGUCACAUUCCACAUAAUACAGAGGGCUACAUUUGGGGAUUUUCCUUUUCUUAAUUGCCCAGAGUUAUUAGGUUAUAAAAAUGGCUUUUAAUGGCUUAAAACACUUUUAAGCCUCUAUUUUAGCAGAUCAGUGCAGGAUCUAAUUCUUUUUAUAAACUAUAGGUCUAAAAAUGAGUGUGGGACCAUAUGUUCUCUGAUGUUGGUGACUCAUGUUAUUAAGCCUUUUUUAAAAGGUUCACUAUGAAAGCUAAAAUACAUUCUUAGCUUUUAAUCUACCUGACUCAGAAGCCUUUUAAGGAAAAAAUAGAUAACAUGCAGUGGAGGCAUUUUUUUGUAUUCAUUUUGGACUCCUGUCAAUAAAAUAGAAGUUUGACUCAU